CGACGGGCGAGUCGCGGAAGCUGGAAGAAAAAGUCUUACUGCGCCCGGGAGAAAAGCGGGGUCGGAUCAUGACGAAGCUGCUUCAGUGGCUCGGCUCUCUGGCCAUCCUGGGUGGCAUCUGGGCUGCAUUGAUGCUGGAUCUUGUGGGGCAGCACCCCUUAUCCCCAAGCUGGCACCAGGUGCUGUGGCCCUUGCCAAUCUACCUGUUGGUGACAUUCGGCUGCUAUUCACUGGGAGUCGUGGGCUACCGCCUGGCUACCUUCAACGACUGCCAGGAGGCUUCACUGGAGCUGCAGGCACAAAUCCAAGAGGCCCGAGCCGACCUCGCCCGCCACGGCAUGAAGUUUUGAACCCGGGGCUCUUGUGAGAACAGAAAUGACCCAUGGACGAUAAACGACGGGCGGCAUAGGACGGAACUGUUUGGGCUGUGGCCCGGUGGGAGAAUCCAUCUAAGAAAAAGAGCUGCU